AUGAAGGAAAACUUUCAUCAUGAUUUGAUAUUAGAUCGUCUUGAUUCACUUAUUUAUUUAGAUUGUGCUAUCAAAGAAAUUUUACGUUUUUCUCCACCUGUUGAGGCAGUGGCUCGAACAUUAACUAUGGAUGAUCGUUUACCAAACAGUGACAUUCAAUUAUACAAAGACGAUCAAAUAUUUAUUCCCGUAUGCAUUCUUUCAAGAGAUCCACGAUAUUGGUCGAUCGAUCCGGAAUUAUUCUAUCCAGAAAGAUUUUUAGAUGAAGACAAGAAUCAUAAUCCUUAUGCAUUUCUUCCGUUUGGUAGUGGUCAUCGACAAUGUAUUGGACAAGAUUUGGCACGAUUUGAACUCAAAGUUAUUGUAGCUAAACUAAUGCAACAUGUUACAUUCAUUGAUGGUGGUCCUGAAGUUAAUGCUGGUGGACAAGUACAAGGAUUGACUGUCAUGCCGAAAUAUAUUGGCAUUAAAAUUAAGUUUGAUUCAGAAAUUUAA